AUGUCUACAGGUACUGGGCGUCGGCGCGUGACCCUUGGCAUCGCGGUGGUGGUGGCUGUGAUGGCCGUGUUGUGGGGAUGUCUCCCUAUCAUGCUGCCUGAGUGGUUUGUACCCGCAUCUCAACUCGAGGCCGUGACGACGUUUUUCCAAUCGCAUACCUCAACUAAUGGCGCUCAUGAAACGAGCACAAAUGCGACUGGUCGUCCGCGGGCUACCACACAUACCAACAACUGGGCUGUGCUUGUUGGCACGUCCAAAUUUUGGUUCAAUUACAGGCACUUGGCGAAUGUGCUUGGAAUGUACAGGACCGUGAAGCGCCUGGGCAUACCGGACAGCCAUAUUAUUCUCAUGUUAGCUGAUGACGCUGCAUGCAAUCCACGUAACCCAUAUCCGGGCUCGGUAUGGGCUUCUUACAAGCAUGAGCUGGAUCUAUAUGGUGAUGAUGUUGAGGUGGACUAUCGGGGAUACGAAGUGACUGUUACCAACCUUUUGCGGCUUCUCACGGGUCGCGUUCCAGCACACAUGCCGCGUUCCAAACGCCUUGAUUCAGAUGAGCACUCGAAUAUUUUUCUUUAUAUGACUGGUCAUGGUGGGGACGAGUUCCUCAAGUUUCAGGACUCGGAAGAAAUCAGCGCGUAUGACCUGGCCGAUGCUAUCGAGCAAAUGUGGGAGAAGCGUCGAUACCAUGAACUGCUGUUUAUGAUUGAUACCUGUCAGGCGGCAACAAUGGCGUCGCGUUUGUACAGCCCCAACGUCAUUGCUGUUGGGAGCAGUUUGAAGGGCGAAAACUCGUAUUCGUACACCACCGACUAUGCGGUGGGUGUGCCUCUCAUCGAUCGAUAUACGCGUGUCGUCUUGGAGUAUAUGGAAAAAGUGACGCGAACGUCGGCCCAGACCCUGCAAGAAUUGUUUUCAAGUGUUGGCGAGGCCAGGACGUACUCGACACAGUUUGUCCGCUCUGACCUAUUUCAUCGUCCGUUGGACGAGGUGCGCAUCACCGACUUUUUGGGGUCUGUGGCACAGGUGCAACUGACGUAG